CUUCCCCUCUCUCUUCUCCGCGACAUUAGCAAAGUUUUCAGAAAAAGAUGAAUUUGAACAACGUCAAAGUUCCGAAGGUGCCAGGUGGUGGUGCAGUAUCAGCGUUGCUUAAGAUUGGGAUAAUCGGUGGGCUUGGUCUCUACGGUGCCACGCACAGUCUCUACAAUGUUGACGGAGGUCAUCGAGCCAUCAUGUUCAACCGUUUAGUCGGUGUUAAAGAUAAGGUUUACCCUGAGGGUACACACCUUAUGGUUCCUUGGUUCGAAAGGCCGGUCAUCUACGACGUUCGUGCACGACCUUACCUUGUUGAGAGUACUUCCGGUAGCCGUGAUCUCCAGAUGGUGAAAAUUGGGCUCAGGGUUCUCACACGCCCCAUGGCAGAUCAGUUACCUGAGAUCUACAGAACACUUGGUGAGAACUACAGCGAGAGAGUUCUGCCUUCUAUAAUCCACGAGACUUUGAAAGCUGUUGUUGCUCAGUACAAUGCAAGCCAGCUUAUCACUCAGAGAGAGGCGGUCAGUAGGGAGAUCAGGAAGAUUCUGACUCAACGAGCAACAAACUUCAACAUUGCUCUUGAUGAUGUGUCCAUCACGACCUUGACUUUUGGGAAGGAGUUCACGGCUGCCAUUGAGGCAAAGCAGGUGGCUGCUCAAGAGGCUGAGAGGGCUAAGUUCAUCGUUGAGAAGGCUGAACAAGACAAGAGGAGUGCAGUUAUCCGCGCUCAGGGAGAAGCCAAGAGUGCUCAGCUCAUAGGUCAAGCAAUAGCAAACAACCAAGCGUUCAUAACGCUCAGGAAGAUCGAGGCGGCAAGAGAGAUUGCUCAGACCAUAGCACACUCGGCCAACAAGGUGUACCUGAGCUCUGAUGAUCUUUUGCUUAACUUACAGGAGAUGAAUUUGGAUGUGAAUCCAAAGAAGUAA